UGCAGGCAGAGUAUGGAUGGUUGCAACUGCAUCAGUUAUCAGCAAAAUUACCAUGGGACCUUUCUCGCUUUUUGUUGAUUGGCAGCUGGUUAAAAAAAGAGUCAUAUUCUACAGUACACGACUGGCAUUUCCAAAUAUUGGUUCCAAAGAAUUUAAGAAAUUGACCGAGGAUCAACAGAAAAAAGUGAUGAAAUUUCGCCCUAAGCCUGACGAGGAUCUUUUGGAGUGGUUGAAAUCGUUUGAUCCAGAUAACACGUUCAAUAUAAAGAUGUAUAAAAAAAUGAUAGUCACGAAGAAACCGUUCAAGUUUGUAUAUCUUUUCCUGAAUCAGAUCCUGGACGAAAUGGAAAAAGUGGCGACAGAUAUGUUAGAUGUAGCGACUGAUCGAUCUAAUCCUGGAUCUACUGGCCAUGCAAGUGGUAAAAUGUUGAAAUCAUAAUAUUGUCAUAAAGACAAUAUCUAACAACUCUUCAUAUGUAUAGUUGAUUAUUUUUUUCUUUGAAUAUUUAGCCACUUUUGCACGUACUUGGAACUUAUAAUCUGGGACACUGAAUAGAACAAUGCACAAAAUAGACGUGUUGACUAUAGAAGUGGCAAAGCGGUGCACUUGUGAUGCACUCUCAAUUAAACUCGUUUAACCGAAAGAAAGUUAUCCGUGUGACUAUAUAACUAAAUUUUCCACCAUAUAUAUCUAGUGUGUUUAGAAAGAAGAUAAUGUCAAAUGGAAGCAUUCGAUUCAGCGCUAUGAACUACAAAGUUAACAAUAAACAUUGUAAAUGGAUUAAGUUAGUAAUAUAUGAGUUGUAUUAAACAACUUUGAACUUCCACGCAACAUGUAACAUGACAUUUUCAUAAAACUUGAAAAAGUGUCUGCCAACAAUUAAUCAAGAUGCCAUUUACAAUCCAUCUCAAUCCUGGCGUAAUCUUGCUCAUCCAGACUUCUGUACAUGUUUUUACCUCCGCCAGGAGGUUAUGUAAUCAUCUGGGUUUUUACCUCCGCCAGGAGGUUAUGUAAUCAUCUGGGUUUGUAUGUGUGUGUGUGUGUGUGUGUGUGUGUUUGUCUGUGAGCACGAUAACUCAGGAAAUACCAAACAUAUUCAUACGGAAUUUUUUGAGUGCAUUUCCCAUCGGCUAAGGAAGAACUGAUUAAAAUUUGGUUGAAUUUGGUUAAAAAUUAAACGAGAAAUGAACAAAAUUUUGUCUUGCUUUUCCCGGUCAAUUAAAAAAAAA